GAUACAAUCUGACAACUGAUUAGGGGAAGUGUCUAAUAAUAGACAUGGAGAGGCCAUGAUCUUUGUACUAUUGUUUUUUGUACUAGGUACUGCACAACACUCGCAUGGAGAAAGUACCCGAGCUGAACUUUUCGAUGAAAAGAUUACGGAAGCCACUCGUCUUUUCACCGGACUAGAGGGUAUAAAAGACUAUUUUAGAAAUAAUACGAAUCCCUUAGCAAAGAAAAUUCUGGAAACAUUCGAAAAUGAAUGUUUUUAUAUGGAAGAGCCGGAACUUCCUCCUGAGAAAAGCAGAAAGCCAUUCAUUGUGAUUGAGGGGAAUCAGAAAAACAGUCGAGAGGUUGUAGGGGUACGACUAGCUGGUCUUCCUGGAUGGAAGAUAUUUGGUUCACCCUGCGCCUUGCCUUAUCAAAUAUCUGGACGUCAUUCCCAAGGGAACUCUCAUCCGCAGAGCCUACUAUGUCCUCUCACUGUAUGCCAUGUCCUUCAACGUGAAAAUUCAUCUGAGUUUGGGCAGAGCAGUCAUUCUUAAUGGGUACUGGCUCGACCAGAUGUCAUUUGCUUUCAUCCAAUCAUUCAACGGGAUGGAUUUACCGCCAUUGGAUUCUCCAGUAUUUACUUCUCCAAAGGAACUAUUCCAGCCUGAUUUGAUAAUCUACCUAAACCUGCCUGACG